UAUUUAAUAUUAUAAUUCAAUUUAAUUUCAUUGCAACAUUGUACUUACUAGUAGAAUUAACGGAAGUAAUACAUAAUUAUGUUAACAUGUCCGAUAUUAAAGUGUGUAGAAUAUGUCUCCGGACAGAGGCAAAAGUUUACAAGUUCGAUCGAUUUCAGCUAAUGUACUAUUAUGAGGAAGUAAUGGCAUUAAAAGUAAACCUAAAAGAUGGGCUGCCACAUUACUUCUGCUAUGAAUGUGCAACACUUCUCCACAAAUUUCAUAAAUUCAAAGAGAAAUGCUAUAGAGGUCAAAAGGCUCUAAAGGAAAUGAUUUGGAAAGGAGCAAUUACUUAUGAAGUAGUUUAUAAGGUAGACAGGACUGCACUUAAUCUUCAGUCACCCUUGGAAGUACUUACAGUUAAUAAUAGGGUUAAGACAUAUGUUACCAAUGAUAGUUCAGAAACAGAAGAUAUCAAAGAAGAAACAGCACAAGAAAUAGAGUAUAAUAGGAAACUUAGUUACAGGAGCUCAUUUACUGACUGUGAUGAUAAUGGUGAGCCUGAAAUUGAUCUCAUUGAGCAGGAUACGGAAGAUGAAAAACCUCUCUUAUCGGAUGCUGAUAAAGUUGAAAUUACUUUAACCCAGGAGGAACCUUGUAGCCCAACAACAGUGUUUAUUGAUGAAAAGAAACAAAUUGUUAAAAUGAAGAAUGAAACAAUAAAAGACAGCAAAGAAUCAGUUAUAACUAUCACUCCGAAUGCAAAAAAGUAUAGGUUUGUUUCUAACAAGAAAAAUACUAGAUUUUUAGAUGCAAACCAUUGGAGGAAAGUCACAUUGACAGAAGAGGAAGCUGUCAAAGAGUUUAGGGCAAGAGCUGAAGAUCAGAAGUAUUUAGCUGCAUCCUUUAAAUGCACUAGUUGCUUCAAAGGUUUUUCAAAGUUGGAUAUGUUGACAAGGCAUUUGCAACUCAGGCAUAAUGAGGCUCUGGGACCUAAUGAAUGUCGAUUCUGUCGGAUGCGGUUCAAAUGGGACUGUCUUCUGAGGAAACACAUGAGGCAACAUUUCACCAAGUAUGAGUGCCUCAGAUGUCACUUGGUCUGUCCUCUGGAGCACACUGCAUUACUCCAUGAGGAUUCGCAUAAUGGCGUCACAACAAAGUGUAUACAUUGCGGUGAAGAAUUCAGGCACAGAUCUACAUACUAUACGCAUCUGCGCACGCACAGAAGCGACUACGUGUGCACGCUAUGUGGUGUAUCAUUCGUAUCUGAGCUCGGUUUGCAUCAGCACAAGAAAGUCAAACACGUCACCAAUGAUAUUGAAAGUCCAGACGACGAUGAAGACGUAAACUCGACGUGCGUACAAUGCAACAUCACGUUUGAGACAAACAAAGCGUACGUGGAGCAUUUGUUCCACUCUGCCAUGCACUCGGAUGGGUUGGAGAAUGAAUUGCAAGACGAGUAUUCUCUACCGAGAAAAGUGCUUGGCAAAAAGGAACAAAGCAAGAUCACCAAAGAAUUAUUAAAAAGAAAAUCCGUUGAGGAGCCGAUAAUAAUGCCAUUCAAGAAGCGACCAAAGAAACCCAGGCGGUUGAGGCGGAAACCUAUGGACUGUCACCAAUGUGGCAAACACUUCGAGACCCAAGCGGCGUGCAUGAGGCACCAUAUAGCGGAACACCCUCGCACCUCGUUCUUUCCCUCUACAGAACGGCAUAUUUGUGAGAUUUGCGGCGCUUCCUUGGCUCCGGGCAGCGUAGCAAUGCAUCAGAAUAUGCACACUCGCAGUAAGAUGUUUUCCUGUGAUACUUGCGGACGAACCUUCCACUCUAAUGUUGGACUUAAAAGGCAUCUAGUUACACAUACGGGUGAAAAGCCGUUCGCUUGCAGUUUGUGCGACAAGCGAUUCACACAAAGCAACAGUAUGAAACUGCAUUACCGCACCUUCCAUCUCAAACAGCCCUAUCCAAAAAGAAACAGAAGAAAAAAGAAGGAUGAGCCUCACACCACGGCCGAAGAUAUGGAAGAGUCUAAAAGCGACGAAUCUUCGGACGAAAGUGUGCCCGAGCAGGAAUUGCGACCUUUGACCGAACCGGGACUCGAACCCGUGCCCCAAGCGAUGCAAGAUCGAACGCUGAAUGAGGACAACAUACACUAUUUGACGCUGUCUUGAAACUGUUGUAAAUAAAAAAAGAUUGCGAAGAAUUGAAAGACCCCUCAGUGGUGAAGUCCGACUCGCACUUGAGAGAUGCAAACGAGCCUUGUGUAUGUUUAACUAAACAUAAAUAACAGUCCUCAUUUAUUCCUACUGCACAAUACCGACCUCUUCAUAGUCGCUGGAGUCGUCGGUGUCGCUAGAAGUGUCCGUAGCGUAAUGGCCGAGUCCGGGCAACACUCCCACGCAUCGUAAAGCACCGCAUUCUUCACCAAUGCCACUUAUAACUGGUGGGCUGAUGCUAACUGCUUGAGUUUCA